AUGACGACGGCCGCUCGCCCGACGUUCAAUGCUGCCAUGGGCAAGAAGAACGAGGGCGGAUGGAACUCGGGUGGCCAGAUCAGCAUGCAGUUCUCGGCGCGCGACCUCCCGGGGCACACGAAGCUCAAGACGCGGCAGCUGGGCCAAGGCACGGCUGGCGAGCUCUCGGAGCGCGACCUCAUCGGCGAGCUCACGGACCGCGAGCGCAAGUACGAAGAGGACAAGCUCAAGGAAGUCGACUUUGCGCAGCAAAAGAUCAUGCGGCUCAAAGACAACAAGACGCUCUUAUUAAAAGGCGACGAGUGGGAAGACAGGGCGAGAGACGUGCAAACCAAGUACGACGAUGCAGACGACGACGUUGGCGACAGCGAAAGCGACAGCGAGAGCGACGACGACGACUCGGACGACGAGGAGGCCGAGCUCAUGCGCGAACUCGAGAAAAUCAAAAAAGAACGCGAAGAAGAGCGGCUGCGCAAGGAGCAAGCCGAGCGCGACGAAGAAGAGAAGCGCGCCAAGGACGAAGUCCUCAUGGGCAACCCCCUCACGAGCGCGCAGGCGCCAACCGGCAGCGCGACCAUCAAGCGCAAGUGGAACGACGACGUGGUCUUCAAGAACCAGUCGCGGAACGAACCGGAGCUCAAGAAGCGCUUCAUCAACGACACGAUCCGCAAUGACUUUCACCGCCGCUUCCUCAAGGCGUACAUUCAGUAA